GGAAACGAAGCCAGGACUUCGCGAGGACAGGAACCCGCGUUUCGUCGUCCCCCGAGUUCGGGCACCGGUUCCUCCGAGGAUCCUAAAGUUUCACGGAAAACGCGCUAAAAUCGCCGUAACGCCUACCGCGACAAUUAUCUUGUAGCGUUCGAAAACAAGCGGCAAAAAUCGGUUAAUACAUACACGUAUGUAUAUAUAUUGAAAAACAAAAAAACACGCAAACCUUAGUAGACAAACACUCGGUACAACAACAAAGGUUGUCCAGCAGCUGUGAACGCCACUUGACAGUGAUCGUACGCCUUGAAUUAAACACAGUGCACCCGUAAAAACCAGUGACAAAGUGCAACGAUUUUGAUUUCCCAUUUGUUGCCUUACCUUGUGAAAUGAAUUUCCGUUAAUCGCACCGCUCGAUUCACCAUACAUAAUACAUUAUUUUUCACAUCUUUCUUCGAUUUAUCGUUUUGUUUUUUUUUCAAAAAGCUAAAAGUGACGUCGUACGAGUAUUGAAUUAUCGCGAAACAAAGAGCGAAUGCCGAAGGUAGAAUCUUUACCUUGGAUUAAUCAGUGUCGACGCACCGCGUCCUUUUCGGCAGCUCGGGAUCGCGUCCCGUGAAAGUGUGCAUCUUAAUUAGUUGUCGUUAGUGAAAUCGAGGGGUGAAUAUUCGUCGAAUAGUGGUACGGAGGUCCCGCGGGCUACCGCAAGAGUCCCGGAGGUGGUGGAGGAAUGACGGAACCCCGGAAGAUUCGACCCGUAGAGGGUUAGCGGCAUCCAAGGUGUCAUCCGCGAAGAGAUCGGCCUCCGGACGGCCCCGAACCGCCCACCAACCCCAUACACAGUGAGUGAUUCCUCGUUUCAACAACCCCGGCGAAAUCCUCAGGUCCGCAGGUGGAUUCGGAACGCACCGAGGAUGCAGGACCGUCUCUCCUGGUACAUGGUCUUUUUAUUCCUGCCGACGAUUCUGCUCGCCACUUCGCUCGACAAAGGUCGUCGAGUACCGUACAGCAUGGCGCCGGAAUGGAGAGCAUUGUGGUACAGUAAUUUGGACGAGUUGCAAAGGGUCAACGACGCCAACGACAACAACACGAUAUCAAACGUGACCGUUCAGCUUGGCGGAAACGCCUUCCUUCACUGCAAGGUCAGAAAUCUUGCUGAACGUACGGUUUCCGGAGCUGAGAUAUCGUGGAUCCGCCGACGAGACUGGCACAUAUUGACCAGCUCUAUGUUUACUUACACAAACGACGAACGUUUCCAAGUGUUGCAUCCCGAGGGUUCCGACGAUUGGACGCUGCAGAUAAAAUACGUACAAAAACGGGACAACGGCACCUACGAAUGCCAGGUGUCGACCAGCACCGGUAUCCUGUCUCACUUCGUGAAUUUGAAAAUCGUAAUACCGGAGGCGUUCAUAUUGGGUAGCGGUGAGCAUCACGUCGACGUUGGAUCCAUAAUUAAUCUCGUUUGCAUUAUCGAGAAGAGUCCGUCUCCGCCGCAGUACGUGUUCUGGUACCACAACGAUCGUAUGAUUAACUACGACAACGCCCGCGGCGGUGUCACCGUGGAAACGGACCAGGGACCCCGAACACAGAGCCGACUAACUAUCCGGCACGCCGUCGAAAAGGACACGGGGAAUUACACCUGUAGCGCCUCGAACACGGAGUCGGCCUCCAUCUUCGUAUUCGUCACCGAAGGUGACAAGAUGGCCGCCAUACAACGGCGCAAGACAUCGGGAACGAAAAGGAACAUUGGAAAUUUAGCCUUAGUUUUAAUGUUCAUCGGGGUCUCCUCCCCAUUAGCCUCGCUAGUCCGAUAAAUCUAACUACUCUAUCUCGCCAAUUGUCCAUUAUAUUAUUAUUAUUAUCAUCGUCAUCAUCAUUACUACCAUAAUCAUCAUCAUCAUCAUUAUCGUUAUCAUUAUUACUAAUAUACCUACGUCACUACCGUUAUUGUAAUUAUUGUUGUUGUCAUUAUUAUCGCCUCUACGCGUGUUGUCAUCUGCGCAAAUCGUUGAAUUACAAUUUUAACUGAAUUCAUUAUAUUUAAACACAGCAACACACGCGACCGCGACUUGACGUUUAGCGUCGUUUUUUCAACGUUGAACAAAAAAUAAUAAUACCAAAAACAACAAUAACAGUAACAAAAAUAAUAAUAAUAAUAACACACGAAACAUCCUUUCACAUGUCUUUUCCUUCGUUAUUCUUAAAUCUUCACAUAUUAUACACACUUGUAUAUGGGGUAUUUCACAAAGUAUCGAUCAAGAUCAGAAACUGAUAUUUCCGAUUUGGUCCAAAUAUUUUUCUACGAAAGUGCUGGUCGGAAAACAAAACCAUGUUUACAGAAAAUGGAAACAAAUAAAAGAAAUCACUAUUUCGAGACCGCCCCUUUUCUAGAAUCUGAAAGAAUUCGGGAAAUCCUUAGAAAAUGUGAAAAAAAUUUUGAACCCCAUUAAUUCUCAUCACGGCGAAACUUGGAUCUUGAAAAUGACGAAAAUCUCGAAAAAUUACUUACGAAAUGCAUUGUCGAUACGAAAUUGAACAAGAAGAAACCUUGCUUAUAAUAUGGAUGGAAAAAAAAAAAUCACAUCCACAGAAAUGGAUUCGAAAAAACAGCGAUUUCUGAAACUUUCGUAAUUUUCUGUAUCCAACUUUUGCCGUGUUGAAAUAUCCGUUUUUUAGUCGGGCUAAAAAAGUUUCGUCAUAUAUUCCUAGAAUUUUCCGUAACUUUUUCAGAUCUUAAAAAAUGGGAGAAUCUCGAAACACGUUAUAACGUCUAAAUGUCAGAUACGAAUGAUUGUAAAAAUUUGAAAAUAAUCAUGGUUUUGUUUUUCGACCAGUAGCUACUUUCUUCGCAGAAAAAAAAGGUUUCAUUCAAAUAGAAAAUAUCGAUUUCCGAUCUUGAUCGAUACUUCCUGGAAUGCCCCAUAUAUCUAUCCAUACUACAUGUACAACGUACGAUAAUAAUUCUUCUUCGAUUUUUUUCGCGUCCUUAUGUAUACAUGCAUAUGUGUAUUCGCGUCAAUUCAUCAUCGAUAUAUUACGUUGUUACAUUUAACAUAACGUACUACGUGUAAUAUAAUUAUAAAAUUAUACUAUACGUAUAUUUAUAUGUAUACAUAACACGCGUAUACAGACGAGGGAGAUUGAAUUUCUAGUACCAACAUUAAGGGGAUGAUAAACCCGGUGAUUCAGAUUAGAGGUUAUGGAAACGUCAUUUACUUUCUUUUGUAAAACUUUCCGCACCGAUUGCAAAGCCGAAAACCGCGCAGAGAAAUCAAAGUUCUAAUCGUACGUUUUCUCAAAUUGUUAAACAAUUUAUAAAUAAUGAAUGUAUCGCAGAAUCUCAUAAAUUUUUCACAUUGUUCGUAACAAUAUUUUUAUUCCAUCAAUUUACUCCGCACCAAAAAUAUAAAGUUUUUUUCUUAAAAAAUGCGAUGUUUACGAUGAAAUUACAUUCGGCGCGAAGAUUUCUCUCCAAAAAGAAAAAAAAAAAAAAUACGAAACGAUGUCCUGACUAUAUUGCCUUCAUUUCACAUUAUUCAACUAUAUUUUCGCGUAAAAUAGAAGUAAAAUUUUAUAAUAAAAAUAAAAUCCCGCGUCACUGUAUAACACAAAUAAUAUAUAUACGUAUGGUAUAAUAAUUAUUAUACAAAAUAAAAUAGGCUCUAACGUACGGACUGAUCGGCUAACGGUCGAAAGAUCUAACGCGCAUGCGCUAAAAUUCUUGUUACAAACAAAAGCAGUUGUUUUGUCAGGUUUACCAACCGUCGUAAGUUCAGAUGGACACGUGUCACCGCAACGUGCGUAACCUAAAAAAUGUUGCUCGUCCUGAUGAAACGACUGAUUUUGGUCUAAAAUUUUAACGCAUACGCUUUAUAUCAUUCUACCGUUAUUUGAUCACUCUGCAGAAUAUAUAUAUAUAUAUAAUAAUAAAUGAAUUGUAAGAAACGGAAGGAACGAAAGAGAGACAAAAAGAAAAGAAAUGGCGAGCAUAAUAUGUAUAUCUGAUGUUGAAAUCAGGAAGAAUAUAUAUACAUAUAUAUAUAAAUUAUACGAUUUCAAGAUCAUUGAGGAGUGGCGGGGAUUAGGAAAGAAAAAGAAAUCUAUCACAAAGGCGUCUGUAUGUAUAUAUAUAAUAGUAAUAAUAAUAAAAAUGAUAACAAUAAAAUAGUAAAUAAUAAUGAUAGUAAUAAUUAAUAAAUCAAUUUAAUCUUACAUCUGUGAAAGAAUAAAAAUUAAGAAAAUACCGUCAUUUCUUUUCAAAUUUUCUGAGCAAUAAUUUCUCACUAUAUAGGAUUACCUUCAUCGUUAUCGUCGUUGUUAUUAAUAUUAUUUAAUUUUUAAAAAAAAACUUUACCAUCAAGCACACGCAAUUGAUAGUAAAAAUAACAACAGUAAUAAUGAUGGUUUGAAAAACAAAUCGCGAUCAGAGGCCGUGCGAUCGUCGCUCGAUGCGUCGUAUAUAUUUAUAAAUUAUCUAUAAUAUUAAUAUACAUCCGUAUAUAUACGUUAUGCAUGCGGUAUAAUUUAAUAAUACACAUUGUAUAAUCUAAUGGUAUAAGAACGAAUGCGCGCCAUCAUGCGACCUUUUACCACUAAGGCGUAAAAUUAGAAAGGCGUUUUCUUUCCUCUUCGUACCGACGCGAAUCAAGAAAAAAAAUAAAAAAAAAAAAAACAACAAAAACAAGAGGAUACAUUCAAAAA